AGCAGGGGGCGUGGCCUCACUCUGCGCCUGUGCUGAAUUCCAGCUGCGACUGCUAAGGGAGAAAAUGAUGCCCAGGUUGGGCUCCACGGCUCGGCGGCUGAGGAGAGGCCCCCACUGCACACGCGCAGACCGAGCACCCGCGGCAAAAGACCUAGAGAGCUCGCGUUCCCUGAAUCCUGGGUUCCCGGCUGCCAGGCAUUUGUCUCAGCCGUGACUCCCGCCCGGCCGGGGCCACGUCUGAGCAGCGAUGCCCCGGGAGAUCAUCACCCUGCAGCUGGGCCAGUGCGGCAACCAGAUUGGGUUCGAGUUCUGGAAACAACUGUGUGCCGAGCAUGGUAUCAGUCCCGAGGGCAUCGUGGAGGAGUUCGCCACUGAGGGCACUGACCGCAAGGACGUCUUUUUCUACCAGGCAGACGAUGAGCACUACAUCCCCAGGGCAGUGCUGCUGGACCUGGAGCCCCGGGUGAUCCACUCCAUCCUCAACUCCCCAUACGCCAAACUCUACAACCCAGAGAACAUCUACCUGGCAGAGCAUGGAGGAGGAGCUGGCAACAACUGGGCCAGGGGAUUCUCCCAGGGUGAGAAAAUCCAUGAAGAUAUCUUUGACAUCAUAGACCGAGAGGCAGAUGGAAGUGACAGUCUAGAGGGAUUUGAGUUAUGUCACUCCAUUGCUGGAGGGACGGGUUCUGGUCUGGGCUCCUACCUCUUGGAGCGACUUAAUGACAGGUAUCCUAAGAAGCUGGUGCAGACAUACUCAGUGUUUCCCAGCCAGGAUGAGAUGAGCGAUGUAGUGGUCCAGCCCUACAACUCACUCCUCACGCUCAAGAGGCUGACCCAGAACGCAGACUGUGUGGUGGUACUGGACAACACAGCCCUUAACCGGAUCGCCACAGACCGCCUGCACAUCCAAAACCCAUCCUUCUCUCAGAUCAACCAGCUGGUUUCCACCAUCAUGUCAGCCAGCACCACCACCCUGCGCUAUCCUGGCUACAUGAACAAUGACCUCAUUGGCCUCAUUGCCUCGCUCAUUCCCACACCACGGCUCCACUUCCUCAUGACCGGCUACACCCCCCUCACCACGGACCAAUCAGUGGCCAGUGUGAGGAAGACCACAGUUCUGGAUGUCAUGAGGCGACUGCUACAGCCCAAGAAUGUGAUGGUAUCCACAGGCCGAGACCGCCAGACCAACCACUGCUACAUUGCCAUCCUCAACAUCAUCCAGGGAGAGGUAGACCCCACCCAGGUCCACAAGAGCCUACAGAGGAUCCGGGAACGGAAGUUGGCCAACUUCAUCCCUUGGGGCCCAGCCAGCAUCCAGGUGGCCCUAUCCAGGAAGUCUCCCUACCUGCCCUCAGCCCACCGGGUCAGUGGGCUCAUGAUGGCCAACCACACCAGUAUCUCCUCGCUCUUUGAAAGUUCCUGCCAGCAGUACGACAAGCUGUGGAAGCGUGGGGCCUUCCUGGAGCAGUUCCGAAAGGAAGACAUCUUCAAGGAUAACUUUGAUGAGAUGGACAGGUCCCGGGAGGUUGUUCAGGAACUUAUUGAUGAGUACCAUGCAGCUACAAGGCCGGACUAUAUCUCCUGGGGCACCCAGGAGCAGUGAUUUCUCUCUGCACUCCCUCCCUGAACAGGAAGCACAGCCCCCACAAUGCUUGGACUCUCUGACCCAACUUCACCACAUCUAGGUUCAUCUCCAACCAGGAGUUGCCUCUAACAGCCUCCGUUCUAUUCCUGGUUCUUGAGCUCUUGAUUUGCUUGUUCACUUCUAAUAAAGUAAUAAAGCUUAGUGGUGAAUAUA